CAGUUCCUUCACAAAACUCGGCAUCACCGGGCUUCGCAUUCCUCCGAGCAAACUCCACCUGCUUCCCUCUACACUGCACGCUCUCCCCUCUUCCGAUCUCGGUCUGCAUCCUCCCGUCGCCGCCAUGGACGGCGUCGUCGGCCAGAUCUUGGAGAAACAGGUCCUGUCGGUGGCCAAGGCGGUCGAGGACAAGCUCGACGAGGAGAUCGCCGCGCUCGAACGGCUCGACCCGGACGACAUCGAGGCGCUCCGCGAGCGCCGGAUGCUGCAGAUGCGCCGCGCGGCCGAGCGCCGGGCCAAGUGGCGCGCCCUGGGGCACGGCGAGUACGCCGAGGUCCCCGAGAAGGAGUUCUUCUCCGCCGCCAAGGCCAGCGAGCGCCUCGUCUGCCACUUCUACCGCGAUAACUGGCCGUGCAAGGUCAUGGAUAAACACAUGUCAAUUCUUGCAAAACAGCAUGUAGAAACACGGUUUAUCAAAGUUCAUGCUGAGAAGUCUCCCUUUUUGACCGAAAAACUAAGGAUUGUUGUGCUCCCAACUCUUGCUCUAGUAAAGAAUGCCAAGGUUGAGGAUUAUGUGGUUGGGUUUGAUGAGCUUGGUGGUAAAGAUGACUUCAGCACUGAAGAUCUGGAGGAACGCAUUGCAAAAGCUCAAGUGAUCUUCCUUGAUGGAGAAGGACCUGCAAAUCCUUCCAAGCAAACCACCACCAGCAAACGAAGUGUUCGGCAAUCAGACACUGGCAACUCAUCAGACUCUGAUUAGUUUUGUUACUGUAUUGAAGGUGUGCUUCGAGGAACAGGCUUUAUGCUGUUAUGUACUAGUAAUAGGAAAAGUUUGUGUAGCAAUGAAAAGUUUGACCUGGAACUUGUAGAUACGUCUUGAGAUCUGAAGUUAAGAGUAUUCAAUGGUAGUAGCCAGUAGGCCACAACAUACAUCAUAUGUUGUCAUGCUAGCUGCUGUUGUAGAUUGCUCUCUUGUUGAUCAUACUUAGUUUGUUUAUUUGAGUGAAAGUUUUCUUUGUCGA